AUGGUGAUGUCUUCCGGGCGGAAGCAAACACUGGCGGGCGGCGCGUCACUCGACGGCGCGUGGGGCGGCGACGACGCGGCUCUCGCGUCGCGCUCCUCGGAAUUCGGCAUCUUCUUCGGCGGAUUACGUAUUUCAAACCUAAACAGCUCUUGUAUCCGAUGCUUGUGUCACGUUACCGGCUGCGAUCUGUCUCACAAAUGCACGGACGGUUACUGCGGGCCAUUUUACAUCUCGAGGGUGUACUGGGUGGACGCUGGGAAACCGACGCUGCCUGAUGAUGACCCCAAUCGGAAGGAAGCAUUCGAAGAUUGCGCAAGAGACUACAACUGCUCCAUUAGAAUAGUCGAGAGCUACAUGGCUAAGUUCGGAAAGGACUGCAACGGUAACGGCGUGACUAAUUGCUUCGAUUACAUGAUGAUCAACUUCCACGGAGGGCGCGCUUGCUCCGAGCCCCUAUUCCUAAGCCCACAGGGUCUAAAAUGGCUCGCGCACUACCAACAAUGUCGAUUUUAACCACAACCCACAUUCUCGUUUAGUAUAAAUCUAUACACUGUACAAACUAUAAAUUCAUUAUAUCAAUAUAAUAAAUAAUUAACUUAUUUUCAUUGA